AUGCGACUCACGAUGGACUUGGUGCGUCUCGCACCGCAGUUCACGAAUACGAUGCUACAGCGUGAAAUCGACCUUCGCGGGCUGCGGAUUUCCUCGCUCGAUGAGCACGUACUAGUGUUGCUCGAGAACAACUUUGAUGUCGUAAACCUCUCCUCCAACGCCUUGACGGCGCUAGAGUACUUUCCCAUGAAGAGUGCAGCCGGCAGCAGCGACAAGGAUGUGAGGAUGAGCCGCGUUACCACCCUCGUUGCCCACCGAAACGAGAUUCAGCGAGUGAGUGUGGCGUCGUGCGUUUCUGCCUUGCCCAACGUCGUGCACUUCUUGGCCGAUCGCAACCGCCUCGCCUGCGUGCGCGAUCUCUACUUUCUGAAGCAGUGGAAGAAGCUGGAGGUGGUGUCGCUCGAGGACAACCCUGUGUGGGAAACCAACAGCAACAAUUUCGAUAGCGAGAAGCUGCGGGCCUUUCUCGUCUUCUUGUGCCCUAGGUUGAAGCUCAUCAACUACCAGCGCGUUACACAGGCUGAUAGGGAGCGUGCACAGAAGGCGAAGGACGAGUUCAAGAAGCUGGUGCAGUCGUGGGAAACUCCCCUUACACUGUGUGCAGUGACACGGUCGCAGUCGUCAUCCACCGUGGACGGAAAGAAGACGCGCAAACGCGGCCGCGAGGGACGCACAGCGGCGGCCACCGCGGUAGCAAGCAACGUUGUCACUCUCGAUGAUGAGCCUGCCAACGGGGCAACGAGCGCGACCCCUGCCGCUGCCGAUGUGAACGAGGACGACGAUGCCGCUCUUCAAGCACGUCUAGACCAGCUGGAGGAACGUCUCCUAUCCGACGAUGUCACGGCGGAGGAAAUUGCACAGUUGGAGGAGGAGAUGACGGAGAUAUCUGAAAGGAUGGCGUCUGCGCGUAAGCGUAAGCGCCAUUAG